AUGGACAUAGCAGAAAGACAUUUGUUGGCGGACGUCGACUUGGGCAAUCUUCUUUAUGAGGAUAAAGCUCCUUUUGAAUCAAAAAAUCUUUACCCGAACCCCGGUAUCGUCUUCCUCGAGAGAAACAAGUUGUCCCAUACCAGUUUUAAUUACUCUCUUUCACAGGUCCCAAAAGUUCGCGAAAUAACGCGUUGGGAAAGAUUUGCCCGUAUAAAAGGCAUAACUAAGCACAAGAAGGCCCGAAAAGUAUGGGACGAGUCCAGCCAAACUUGGAAGCCCAGGUGGGGCAAGGACAGAAUUGACAGUAAUAAAGAAAAGUGGUGUAUCGAAGUUCCGGACAAUGCUGAUCCAUACGAAGACCAGUUUGAAAAAGCUACGAAAGCGAGGAACGAGCGCAAGGCCAAAAACGAAUUUUCCAGGCUUAAGAACAUUGCCCGAUCUACUAAAAAAGGGCAGGCUCCUCCGGUGGGUGUCCAACCGGAAGCGGAUGCUUCCAAGAACCAUUUUAACCGUGCGCUUGAGAUUGCCAAACGCUCGGACGCCUCCAUGGGGCUGUUUUCCGCAGAAGUUAAUGAACAGAAAAUCGCCUCGAAAACAGAGUAA